UUUGGAUCUGUCGAUUUAUCUGUGUUUCCCUCAAGGUUUGGUGAUCGUCUCGUGUAUGGUGGAAGAUUAGAAAGCAUCCACUUUUUUAGUUUUCAGUGUCUCGGUUUCGCGUUAAUUUGGAUGAGAUUAAGCGUUAAUUUGGAUGGGAUUAAGGGAUAAUUUUAAAAGAGGCUGAUGGGGAAAGUAAGUUGUGAUCAUGACUUGUGAUGUGAGAUUGUGAGGGAAUUUGUUAUGGAUGAGAGAAGAUCCACAAAGUGGAUUGGCAAGUGAAUAAUUGAAUUGACCUACUUACUGUUUUCUUUGGCGCAAAAUGGAGCUCCGCGAGAAGCACCAUUGGGAGCUAGAAAAUCUGACUCUGACCACACAACCUCUCAAAACGUUGAAAUUCUUCACAUUAGCUGUUAUUCAAUACAUCAAGAAAACAGCAAUAUAUCUAUUGGCAAAAGGUGGAUGGGUUAUGCUUUUCAGUGUUGCAGUUGGGACUCUUGGCAUAGUGCUGAUGACCCUUGGUUGCCUCCAUGAGAAGCAUCUUGAGGAGCUUCUUGAAUAUUUUCGCUUUGGACUGUGGUGGGUUGCCCUUGGGGUUGCUUCUUCAAUUGGUCUAGGAUCUGGUUUGCACACAUUUGUCCUAUAUUUGGGUCCCCACAUAGCACUGUUUACAAUAGGAGCAGUGCAAUGUGGCCGAGUUGAUUUGAAAAGUGCUCCUUAUGAUACGAUACAAUUAAAAAGAGGUCCUUCUUGGCUUGAUAAAGACUGUUCUGAGUUUGGGCCACCAUUAUUCCAGUCGCAGGUUCCGCUUAGCAGCAUUUUGCCUCAAGUUCAGCUGGAGGCUAUUCUAUGGGGUAUUGGAACAGCUAUAGGGGAGCUUCCUCCUUACUUUAUCUCCAGGGCAGCACGCUUGUCUGGUGGGAGAGUAGAUGCCAUGGAAGAAUUAGACAGCGAAGAUAAAAGAGUCUUGAGUCGAAUAAAGUGCUGGUUUCUAUCACACUCGCAACAUUUGAAUUUCUUUACUAUUCUAGUGCUUGCUUCGGUUCCAAAUCCUCUAUUUGACCUUGCCGGCAUCAUGUGUGGACAAUUUGGCAUUCCAUUUUGGAAAUUUUUUCUUGCAACCUUGAUUGGAAAGGCAAUUAUUAAAACUCACAUACAGACGAUAUUCAUAAUCUCAGUUUGCAACAAUCAACUUCUUGAUUGGAUUGAGAAUGAAUUUAUUUGGGUUCUCAGCCACAUACCUGGUUUUGCAUCUGUCUUGCCUAGAGUGACUGCUAGUCUCCAUGCAAUGAAAGAUAAGUAUCUGAAAGCACCCCAUCCACUUUCCCCAAAUAAACAGGGGAAAAAAUGGGAUUUUUCUUUUGCUUCAGUCUGGAACACUGUUGUGUGGCUCAUGCUUAUGAACUUCUUUGUCAAGAUAGUGAAUGCAACUUCCCAGAGGUAUCUGAAGAAACAGCAGGAGACACAGCUUGCUGCAUUAACGGAAAAGUCUACCCCAACAGACUCAGACGCACAAUGAAUUGUUUAUGUUCUGCUUGUAUUGCCCUUUUUUAUGCGGUUUCUUCUGCAAGCAGAAAGUUGAAAUUCAAAUUACAGCAAUUCCUUAUGUCCCCAUAGUAGUUACCCCAAAAAUCUGCGUUAGAGGUCCUACUAGGAACUUCUAUAGGAAUGGAUAUACACAGUAGGCAAGUUAAAGUUGCAACUUUUAUUUUAAUUGUGUAACUUUGGGGCAACCAUUGUUUGGAUUUUAGAUUUAACCCCAUAUUAAUUGCUGCUCUAAUGGAAUUAUGGGAGUUCUAUUCUUUUGCAAUGGCAAGACAAAUGAUUAGUUCCUUCAUCUCUCACUAGUAAAGAACAAAUUGUUCUGUCUC